GUUUUAGGAGAAAGGGAGAUAUUAAGGAGAGAAGAGAAAGCUUUGUUAAUGGCUGGCAUUUUUAAUCAAGCAAAGCCAUUUUUGGCUGUGAUCUUUUUGCAGUUUGGGUAUGCAGGCAUGUCCAUAAUUGCUAAGUUUGCUUUAAACCAAGGCAUGAGCCAACAUGUCUUCGUUAUGUACCGGCACGCCAUUGCCUUUCUAGUCAUUGCUCCUUUUGCCAUUGUUCUGGAUAGGAAAGUGAGGCCAAAAAUGACCCUGUCUAUCUUUGUUAAGCUAUUGUUACUAGGCUUAUUGGAGCCAACAAUUGACCAGAACUUAUACUUCACUGGCAUGAAGUAUACUUCAGCAACCUUCACAGCUGCCAUGUGCAAUGUUCUUCCUGCAUUUGCAUUUGUGCUGGCCUGGAUCUCCAAACUUGAGAAGGUUCAUAUAAAAAAACUACAUAGCCAGGCAAAGAUAUUAGGGACCAUGGUGACUGUUGGGGGAGCAAUGCUGAUGACUUUGAUUAAUGGACCAAUGUUGAAUUUGCCAUGGACAAAUCCAAAUAACCAACAUGUAUUUUCAAGUGCUGCAGCAAAGCAAGAUCAUAUCAAGGGUGCUGUCAUGAUCGCCGUAGGCUGUUUCUGCUGGGCUGGGUUCAUCAUUCUACAAGCAAUCACACUAAAAUCAUACCCUGCUGAGCUCUCCCUGACAGCUUUAAUUUGCUUGGUGGGCACCAUUGAAGGAAGCAUAGUAGCCCUGGCAAGGGAAGCUGGCAAUGCUGCAGCCUGGUCCAUGCAUUUGGAUGUUAAAUUCUUGGCAGCAGUUUACGGUGGAGUAGUCUGUUCUGGAGUUGGUUAUUAUCUUCAAGCAGUGAUAAUGAAAGCUAGGGGACCUGUUUUUGUGACUGCUUUUAAUCCUCUAACCAUGGUUAUUGUUGCAAUUUUGGGCUCUUUUGUUUUAUCUGAAGUAUUGUACUCAGGAAGGGUCAUUGGAGCAAUUGUAAUUGUCAUUGGCCUAUAUCUGGUUUUGUGGGGUAAGAGCAAGGAUCAACCUUCAUCAAACCUGGAUGUCGAUGUGGAACCAUCUAGUGAUCAGAAAAUGACCGCCAUGGAUGAGACAAAAGUGGGUCCAAAUCAAGACUAUGUUGUCCUGGAUGUAACAAGCAACAGAGUGAACCCUAGUGAUGAAUCUGUUUGAAGGGAAACCCAAUACAAGUAUCAUAACAGAAAAACCUGCUGAGAAUCUGAGUUUUAUCAUACAUGGAAUUAGUUCUAUGCAACCUAAACUCCUUUCAAGAAUGUGUUCUUUGUUUUUGUCGUUUCUA